AUGGUGUUCCUCGGUAGACGAAGCCUGACCAAAGCUGCAAUCGCGAGAACCAAAUUAUCUUACAAGAGGAUAACGCUAACCCGCUUUACUCUCGGAUUUUUCCUUAUUGCAUUAGCCAACUGCAUCGUCCAAACUGCAAUCCAGUCUACUACGUUAAUAGUGGGUUCGCAGGGUGCUGCCCUAGUGUCUGCUAUCCUUGAUCUGGUACCUGUCGAGAGGGGUUUCACGACCAUACAUGCUGGCACCUUACAAAUCUGCGACAACAUCCCUGGGCAAGCUAACACUACGUGUAGUACCCUAUCUGAAGCAGUCUCUCAUGAUCGCGAUUCGGAGCAGAAUGAUACACAGCUUGAUCUGGUUCAACGUGAAGUAAACAGAUUCAAUUAUCUUAGACCACGUGGCUUCUCCAUGCAGCCAAUAGAAAACAGUUCAGGGCAAGUGCAAGGAGUGAACGUGACUGAUCCAGAAUUCAAGUUAUCCACUGUCACUCUUUCGUUGAAGUGUGUUCAAUCAUUGCCCUGGCUAGAAACAUUCCUUGCGGACAUGGAAGGUGAAGAUAUAGUCGUUAUUGUCUUCCAAUCGUGGCUGUUCUUUUUGUCGACUGCUGCGAUUAUCACCGAAUCAAUACCACACCUAAUCGCUGUGCUUGUCAGUCAUGUCCUGAAUACCGCUUGGGCAGGUUACAAGGUCUACGACAGUAUCAACACACAAGCUAUAUAUGAAAGCGUCAUUAUGGGAGGCGCGUGCAAUAAUACCAAUGUUAUGGGAAACUGGUGGGAAACCAGAGUUAAGAAUGCUAUUCCUAUCAUCAUAAUCAAUGUCAUUUUCCUGAUCUGUGUUGCUUAUCUUGUUUUCAAACUAUCAAAGGCUUAUAGUCAACAGGUGUUCGGUAGCGUUGGUGCAUCUUCACAUAUUAAUGGACUUUACAAGCUGGCCCUCUGGCUUUACGCAUGCUUGCACCUUGCGUCCUUUUUUACAGCAGCAUCUUCUGCCCUCUGGUUGAACAGGGUGCGAACUGGGUUUGUACCCACGUCGUUCAAUGGCAAGAUCUAUGAAAUUACCUUCAUAGUUGCCAUUGUAUUACUAUUCCCAUGGUUUAUUAUGGGCGUGGUUUCGGUCCGUCGGGAACAUCGUCCAAUGUUUUUCGUGUUUUCUUUGUUUGGUAUCGCCCUUAUUGUAAUCUAUAGCGGGCUUUUUGGGAGUGCGCUGUUCCGUUUCGAGUAUACAAACUGGGCAUUCUUCGCCGCAACGACUACUACAUCCUAUGUGCUCUUGAUUGUCUCGUGCGCCCUUGCAUUGGCCUGCAGAUUACAGUUUGGAAAGGGUUUGGCACACUUUUUAUGGGUUGAGCGGAUGCUGGAGAACAGUGGUUUUACUCCGGCCGCUUUCACCACGGAUCCCGACCAUAAUCCCACUCGGUUCUCUGUGAUAUUAGAUGAGAAACCCACCAUUUCACCGUACGCCUCAGAGUAUUCUGUGGAUUCGAAGGGGGGACAGAACUUGCAAACAAAGCCAUCUCUCGUUCCAUUUUCGGGCACGACCGGCGGUUCCGCCGCCGUCUCAUGCACUCCACCACCUUUUAUGGAGGCUACAGCGAAGGAAGCUGAGAUAGCUGGGAGGUCCAAAAGUUUCGCAGAACGACUUGGCAGUCGUCUUCCUCACAUUCUACCUCUCAUAAGGUCCGUUUCACCAAUGAGUGACAUCUCUACUCCACACAGCAAUGUGUAA